CCUCUAUUCGUCCUACCAUCUGGCCUUUGGUCCUUAAGUUCUGACUCCUGCGGUCGGGCUACGAGUGUAGACAUACCUGACCACCUACCAGAGAUGAGCCCCACAGCAACACUCCCCGGCCACCGCGACCGUGUCCAGCUGGCAGUAGGAGCAUCGCCCUUCGCCCCGCAAUCGCGCUUCCACAAAGAUGCCCAGGCCGACCCGCUCACCGGUCUGCCCAUAGGAUACCCGACGCCUGUAAGCAGCCUGUCCUACUGGCAGACAGAAGCUGCUGAAGUUGGCUCAAAUUCGAGUCCGCUGAACGGUGCGACUGGCAGCUCGAAUGGUGCUACUGCUAAUGGCGAGGGCGGGGGAGAGGAGCAAGCUGGCCUGUUUGAUUGGUUUCACCCUGGGCCGAAUGGCAAGACAGCGAAAGAGUUGCUGUUUACAGAAGAGUGCAAAGACGAAGUAAUCGACCGCCUCAUCAUCGGCUCUGGCAUUUCUGGCUCCCUCGCAGCCUACUUCCUCCUAAACGGUGAAGAUUCAGGUGCAGCACAGCACGACGAUCCAGCGACGACAUCCCGUUCCCCGGGUGCACAGCCACGUACCGUCCUCCUCGAGGCCCGAUCGGCAUGUAGCGGUGCCACUGGUCGUAACGGUGGACAUUGUCGACCCGACAGCUUUUCCGGCUACUCGCACUUCUGCUCUCUCUCUGGUGCCACACAAGCUGCCGCUGUACUGCGUAAUGAGCGCGAGACAUUCGAGCUGAUGCGAGAAUUGAUGCAAUGUGAGGAGACUCGCAAGACGAAGCAAGACAAGGGGACGACUUGGGGAGAAGAGUGUCAGUGGUGGGAGGGUAAGACGUGCGGCGUGUACCUCUCUGCCGCUCGUAAAGCCAAGGCACGUAGGGUCUGGGAUGCCUACGCAGCUACGGGUCUUCUGCGUGAGGGUACGGGAGAGGGAGAAGUCGAGUGGGUUGAAGAUGAGGAGGAGGUGAUCAGGAGACUCCGUAUACCGAAGGCGGUGGGAUGCACUUCGUGGGAUGCGGGCAGCCUCCAACCUCUGAGAUUCGUGCACGCCGUACUCCGGAGAUGCAUCGAGUUGGGACUGGAGCUCUACACCCAUACGCCUGUGCUCUCACUCCAAGCAGCCGCGAACGACGGAGCAUCAGGAUACAGGUGGAAGGUCAAGACAUCCCGGGGAACCCUGAAGGCGAGGCAGGUCCUCCUAGCCACGAAUGGCUACUCUACCGUGCUGCUCCCGACUUUGGCAGACUUCCUCACACCACAUCGAGCGCAAUGCAGCGCCAUCCUUCCUCCACCUCAGUAUGGCGGACCGAAGGUAGAUCCAGUUCAUCAACCCAAUGGCAAAGUUGGCGGGAACCACUACGCCCCUGGCGCUGGCGAUGGCGAUGGCGACAUCGCUGGGGACGGCAGACUUGCGUACACCGCCUCCAUCUCCGGCUUCACACCCGCUCCAGCCGACUACGAAUAUCUCACACAGCGACCCUCUUCGCGCAGCGGGUACCUCAUACUCGGCGGAGGCCACCCCUGCGCUCCGAUCUCGGAGCAGAUCGGCGUUUUUGACGACUCGGUUGUGAUGGAGAGCGUGACGGAGCAUCUUGAGCAGUGGCCGGCGAGGACUUUUGAGGGCUGGGAGGAGGAGACGGAAGGAGGAGGUGCAGAAGGCAAGGGGAUGAAGCAAGUCUGGACGGGUAUACAAGGAUACACGCGCGAUUCAGUGCCUAUCAUAGGAGAAGUGCCAGCGGCGCUCCUCCCCUCUCCCUCUCCGCCCAUUCAGCGUCAACAUGGAGUCAACGGGGAAGCCACACUCGGCAGCGGAGCCUCCUCGGCAGAGUCUACUGGUCUGUUCCUCGACUUGGGCCAUCACGGACAUGGCAUGGCUCGCGCUGCCACUUGCUCGAGGGGAAUCGCUCGACUCAUGAAAGCAGCUCAGCCUGACAUUGCCUCUGCCACCACCUCGGCUACCUCGACCGCCUUCUCGACCCCAUCUGAGCUCCCACCUUCCGAGGCCACAAUGUCAGACGAGACGUGGUCGAGUCUUACUUCCCUUCCAGCUUGCUUCCGCUGGACUGAGCAGCGAGCGGGGCGUAGGGAUGUAGACUGUCGACAAGACUUCUGAUUUCUACCUCUUCCAAUUUCUGGUCCAGACCCCAAGUGUGUAUUCCAUUGCGCGCAUUGAUUACACUGAGCACACAGUGUUGGUUCUGGAUCACCGUUGAAGGGCUGGAGAUUGUUGCAAAGACGAACCACGGACGUUCCAUUUCAAGACGACGAGAAGGGAGCCCUGUGCUGUGUUGCUGCUACUGUGAUGCUUACUGUACUGUACAAAUUACGAUCCACUAUCUGAUCCCAAUCACCAGCUGCCCAUCUGUUGGGGGGCCCUGGGUGAAAUUUGCGUCCUCGCCUUCCCUCCUGACCCCACGAUGUGUGCAUCAUCAGCCAGAGGUCUGCCCACCCACCAUCGUCUCCCAAAAGCUAGCCUCGGGCUCAGCACCUCCUUGCAGUAGCUCCGUCAGAAGCCAAUCAAA